AUCAAAACGCUUGUAGUCAUUCGUCCCUGGAAUCAGCCAAUCGCAUCGCGAAUCGUGGUGCAGUAACUUCAGCGCUGUCACAGCGCUCAGAAAAACGAUCAGCUGUUCUGUGCUUGAUGUAACUUUGGGACAGAGAGCAUCGGUUCUGUUAACCGCAGGCAUGGCAACAGCUCAGUCAGUGUUCACCAUGGCCGUGAGCAUUCUGCUCAUCGCAGAGCUCAUUCUGGCCGAGAAAGAUUACUACGAGAUCCUGGGUGUACCCAAAGAUGCAUCUGAUCGACAGAUCAAAAAAGCCUUCCAUAAAUUAGCCAUGCGGUAUCAUCCCGAUAAAAACAAAAGCCCUGACGCAGAGGCAAAGUUCAGAGAGAUUGCUGAGGCAUAUGAAACAUUAUCAGAUGACAACCGGAGGAAGGAGUACGAUCAGAUGAGGAGCAGCCCGUUCUCCAGAGAGGGCCCGAGAGGAGGUGGUGACCGCUUCGGUCAACAUUUUAGCUUCAACUUCGACGAUAUAUUCAGAGACUCUGACACGUUCGGACACAAUCCUCACAUGCAUAAUAAAAGACAUUUCGGGAGCCACUUUCAGGCCCACAACGAAGCACACAGCAGGCACAGGAGGCACUUCCAGAACUCUUUCGGUGGUGGCAUGUUUGAUGAUAUGUUUGAGGAUAUGGAAAGGAUGUUCUCUUUUAAUGGACAACAGACUCGGACUCAAAGCACGUUUCACAGUUCCAGCAGGCAGCACUGUAGGACUGUCACACAGCGAAGGGGCAACAUGGUUACAACAUUCACCGAAUGCUCCUGAGUUAAUGCACACACGGAAAUGUCUUCCAGCUGUCUUGAUUGAAACUUAAAUGAAUGUCGUUUCGCUUUUUUGUGUUUCGGAUCAGUACUUAUGACCUCUUUAAAGUCUUCUGCAAGAAUUACACAUUACUGGACGAAACAUCCUCAGUUCAGGGAUCCUAAAUCUGACUUUAGACAAAAUUCACCAUUCACAACAUAAUAAUGUUAUCAACAGUUUUUUGACUGUGAACAUGAUGACCUGCCCCCCUUCUAUAUUUUGGCAUUUAUAAACUAACUUUCUUGUCUUUUGUCAAGAUUUAGGGUCCUUAAAGCAUAUUUAGGGACUUUCACAUUUACUUCUGAGGCCUUUAAAACACAACAUAAAGUGCCGCUGCGUGGAUUAUUUGUUAUUUUCAGCCUGUUUUAGCUUAUUUUGAAAGAUCCUAGAACCUUGAACCUAUUUGAGACAUGUACAUGAUCACUAGAAAACAUUCAUAGUGGUUUCAAAGUUAAGAGCGGCUGGAAGUGUGUAAAUGUUUUGUUUGCUUGAUGUUGCACAAUGUCGAAAAAGACAAACUCACUUCAAUUUCUUUUUUUGUUUACCGUCAUGUCCAUUGCAAGCAUGUUACACAAUUUGUAUAUCUUCCAUCGUAUCAUCUCGGCUAACAUGACACCAGAGCAAGUGGCUCUUUUGAAGGGGAAGUCCCUUACAUGUGCAAUAAUUAUUCAAAUCUUGCUGGUGGGGGAUCCUGUUAGCUGUAGGGCUUUCCUGAAAAAAAGAAAGAAAAAAGCAGCUAUAUAGAAUGACAUGAAAUGCCGUGCUAAAAAACGGUUACUGUUUCUGUUUGGUAUCAUGUUAAAUUUCCAUGUGAAUGGGAAGGUUUUAAUCAAUUACCUGGGGCACUUGUACAAAAAGCCAUGUACAAUCAUUCAUUUUCAUAAAAAUAACUAUUGAACGACAACAAAAUUUUAUUGUACACUCCCUAUAGCUCCGUAAAUUUGGCCGUCCAAACAUCUUAGCUAUAGUAUAACACUUCUGUCAAUUAAUCUGAAUACUUUUAUUUCUGUGCCAAUAAACAAUUACCUCAUCAA